CACGGCCACUGCAUCACUUCUCUCUCUCUCAGGUAAUUUUCUUUUCCUCACCACCUCCGUCGUCGAUUCUCUCCUCUUCUUCCGGUCAUUUGACGUUGCAUGCUGUCCUUGAGUGAGCUAAAUAUUUGAUCGACUCAUGGCUUCUUUUGUCAAGCCAGAGAAUGCUUUAAAACGAGCUGAAGAGCUGAUAAAUGUUGGCCAGAAGCAGGAUGCCUUGCAAGCUCUUCAUGAUCUUAUAACUUCAAAGAAAUAUAGAGCAUGGCAGAAACCUCUUGAGAGGAUUAUGUUUAAGUAUGUUGAGCUUUGUGUGGACAUGAGGAAAGGAAGGUUUGCAAAGGAUGGUUUGAUUCAGUACCGUAUUGUUUGCCAGCAAGUCAAUGUUACUUCUUUAGAGGAAGUAAUCAAGCACUUUAUGCAUCUUUCCACUGAGAAGGCAGAGCAGGCUCGUAGUCAAGCUCAAGCAUUAGAAGAAGCUCUUGAUGUUGAUGACUUGGAAGCUGAUAAAAGACCAGAAGAUCUGAUGCUUAGUUAUGUCAGUGGGGAGAAAGGAAAGGACAGAUCUGAUCGCGAACUUGUUACCCCUUGGUUUAAAUUUCUAUGGGAGACAUAUCGAACAGUUCUUGAGAUACUAAGGAAUAACUCAAAGUUGGAAGCACUUUAUGCGAUGACAGCCCAUCGUGCCUUCCAGUUUUGUAAGCUGUACAAAAGGACAACAGAAUUUCGCAGAUUAUGUGAAAUUAUCAGAAAUCAUCUUGCUAAUCUCAACAAGUAUAGAGACCAAAGAGAUCGGCCUGACCUAUCUGCUCCAGAGAGCUUGCAGUUGUACCUUGACACAAGAUUUGAACAGCUGAAGGUUGCCACGGAGCUUGAACUCUGGCAGGAAGCUUUUCGUUCUGUGGAAGAUAUUCAUGGUUUGAUGUGUAUGGUGAAGAAAACACCCAAGCCAUCGUUGAUGGUGGUUUACUACGUCAAAUUAACAGAGAUCUUCUGGAUAUCGGAUAGUAAUCUUUAUCAUGCCUAUGCAUGGCUUAAACUUUUCUCCCUUCAGAAGAGUUUCAACAAAAAUCUAAGCCAGAAGGACCUACAGCUGAUAGCAUCAUCUGUUGUGUUAGCCGCUCUUGCAGUGCCCCCCUAUGACUCCAAGCAUGGUGCAUCACAUUUAGAACUGGAACAUGAGAAAGAGCGAAGUUUGAGGAUGGCUAAUCUCAUAGGGUUCGGUUUAGACUCCAAACUUGAGAGUAGAGAUGUGCUUUCGAGGGAAAAUCUUCUCUCUGAACUGGUGUCUAAAGGAGUCCUGAGCUGUGCAACUCAGGAAAUUAAAGAUCUUUAUCAUCUUUUGGAGCAUGAGUUCUUCCCUCUCGAUCUUGCAUUAAAAUUGCAACCGUUGUUCACAAAAAUAUCUAAGCUUGGAGGUAAGCUUUCAUCAGCCUCAUCUGUACCCGAAUUGCAAUUGUCUCAAUAUGUUCCAGCUCUUGAAAAACUUGCUACCCUGAGGCUACUUCAGCAGGUCUCCCAUGUAUACCAGACUAUGAAAAUUGAGAGUCUGUCGCAGAUGAUCCCAUUUUUUGAUUUUUCUGCCGUGGAGAAAAUAUUAGUUGAUGCAGUUAAACAAAAUUUCAUCGCCAUGAAAGUCGAUCAUUCAAGGAACAUCGUCUUAUUUGGCAAUUUGGGUAUUGAAUCAGAAGGGCUUCGGGACCACCUGACUGUGCUUGCUGAGUCCCUAAACAAAGUAAGAGCCAUGAUCUACCCUCCUGUAAAGAAAACAUCAAAAACAGGUGAAAUAUUGCCUGAUUUAGCAGAUAUUGUUGAUAAAGAGCACAAGAGGCUUCUUGCUCGGAAAUCAAUAAUUGAGAAAAGGAAGGAAGAGCAGGAACGACAACUUUUGGAAAUGGAACGUGAGGAGGAAUCAAGAAGGUUAAAAUUACUAAAGAUAACUGAAGAGGCUGAGCAGAAGCGUCUUGCUUUAGAAUAUGAACAAAGGAAAAGUCAACGGCUUCGUAGGGAAAUGGAAGAGCGAGAACUUGAAGAAGCACAGGCAUUACUUCAGGAAGCUGAAAAGCGUGUUGGUAAAAAGAAGGGAAGCAGGAAGCCGGUUCUUGAUUCCGAAAAGUUGACUAAACAAACCUUAAUGCAAUUGGCCCUUACUGAACAAUUAAGGGAGAGGCAGGAAAUGGAAAAGAAAUUGCAGAAGCUUUCCAAAACUAUGGAUUAUCUAGAAAGAGCAAAAAGAGAAGAGGCAGCAACGUUAAUCGAAGCUGCAUUUCAGCAACGUUUGCUUGAAGAGAGGACGAUUCAUGAACGUGAUCAGCAGCUGGAGGUCGAGUUAAGCAAGCAGCGCCAUGAAGGUGACCUGAAGGAGAAGAACAGAUUGGCAAGAAUGUUGGAGAGCAAGAAAAUUUUCCAAGAAAGAGUUAUCAGUCUUCGCCAAGAGGAGUUCAACAAACGUAGAGCUGAGAGAGAAGAACAUAUCAGGCAAAUAAUUCAGUCUCGUAAAGCAGAAAGAGAGGCUAAGAGAAAGAAAAUCUUUUAUGUUAGGCGUGAAGAGGAGAGGAUCAGAAUAUUGCGUGAAGAGGAGGAAGCACGCAAGCGUGAAGAAGCCGAAAGGAGGAAAAGGGAGGAAGCUGAACGCAAGGCAAAAUUGGAUGAGAUUGCUGAGAAGCAGAGGCAGAGAGAGCGCGAAUUGGAAGAAAAAGAAAGACUGCGGAAAGAAAUGCUCUUUAGUGGAGGCAAGUCAGGCGAUGCUUCUGCUAGGCCUGAUGUUUCUCCUGCUUCUCGACCUCAGGAGUCUAGGACUGCUUCUCCUGCUGCUGCAGCUGCUGCGGCUGCAGCCCCGGCCGCAGGAAAAUAUGUGCCAAGGUUCCUACGUGAACGGACUGAGAGCUCCAGCCCUAAUGCACCACCUCCUGAAUCUGAUCGAUGGGGAAGCAGCAGGCCUGACAAUCGACCAUCUCAGCCAGGGAGCUGGCGCAAUGAUGAUCGUAGACCUGCUGCAUUUGGAAGUUCAAGGUCGUCGUGGUCGUCGUCUCGAGUUCCUGCUCGUGGUGGCCCGGAGCGCUAAUUGUGGUGGCAGUCUGGCAAACCGAAGGAAGAACAAUUUUGGGUUUGAUCGAAUGCUAAAUCGUUUCUCGGAAAAAGAAAAAAAGAUGAGUUUUUGGUCCUAUUGAGAAAGCAAGGAAGAGGAAGAGGAAGAGGAAGAGGAAGAGGGAAGAAGCAGGAGGGAAAAGGGUGUAAUAAUAUUUGUAGUUGUGUGUUCUAAUGUUUUAGGUGGCAGAAAAUUUAUUGUUGGAAGAGUUAUAUGAAGUACUUGAGGCGUUGGAAGCUGUGUUGAAUAGCAUUUUUAUGGAGUCUAUUUAAAUCAAUUGCCCCCUUUUUGAGUUGAAACGAUUCCAAUUUUCUUGGUGC